CCGCUUUAUUCUCAGGCGUGCUGCGGACCCUCCAAACUUGUUUUUUCUUUUCUCCUGUGUGUGAAGCGGUACAGCAUUGAGGCGGAAACUGUGCGUGAGUCUGUCUGUGUGUGUGCGUGUGUGUGUGUUUUUUGCGGGAAGGAGUGGCUCCCGCAACCGUUUCAGUUCUUCACACAGAUGCCAAACUGGCCUCAAAUGGACCGUAGCACGUUUUUGUGAGGACUGAAUCGAUUUCUGGUCGAAGGAGGAUUUAAAAGGAAACCGGGCGGAAAUUGGUUGCAGAUGUUUGCUUCCCUUUUUUCCCUCUGCUUGUUGUAAAAGGAGGAGACACUGAGGAGACGAUGCCGGUUCCCCCACCGCCCCCUCCGCCCCCACCCCCAACCCUGGCUCUGGCCAACACAGAGAAGCCUGCUCUGAACAGGUCUGAGCAGCAGGGCAGGAAUGCGCUAUUGACCGACAUCAGCAAAGGAACCCGACUCAAAAAGACUGUUACCAAUGACCGGAGUGGACCUGUACUUGAGAAGCCUAAAGGAGGUGGUGGUGGAGGAGGAGGAGGAGGAGGAGGAGGAGGAGGAGGGGGCGGGUUUGGAGGCGGAGCUCCAGGAGGACUUGGAGGACUGUUUCCUGUUGGUAUGCCAAAGCUGCGGUCCACUAGAGAUGACUCUGGUAGCGUUCGAUCCCCCAUCCUUCCUCCUGGAGCCCGUAGUUCUGGUCCACGUCCUUUUGUGGGUGGUGCAAGCUCCGCCCCCCGUUUUCCUGGGCAACGUAAUGGCCCUUCUGACUCUCCACGUCUUCGAAUGACUCCUCAACGCUCCGAAACCCCCGGAGGGCCGCCUCCACCUGUUCCUAACACACCACGGCCCAAUCAGAGCAGUGUACAGAAUAGAGGACCGCCCCCUCUGCCUGGUGGUUUCCGCCCUACAGCUACCCCACCUCUUCCUAACCCCGGCGGAAAACAGACGGCACCUCCACCGGUUCCAGGUGGACGCCCCUCCUGCAGCCCUGCACCCCCUGUGCCUCAUUUUUACCGACCCCCUCUUCCCCCAGCUCCUGGUCGAGGAGACGACCGCCCACCACCGGUUCCCCCUGGCAACCGCCCAUCCAUGGUCCUCCCACGGGACAGCCCACCUCCUCCACCUCCUCCAUCUUCCAAUAGCAAGCCGCCUCCACCUCCUUCCUCAUCUCGUGGGUCUGUAAGCUCCGCUCCUCCGUUGCCACCAGGACGACCAAAGCCCAGUGACGACAACACGCCACGUCUUCCUCAGAGACACAUGUCACUCACUUCUCAUGCCCCAUCCCCUCCUACACCUAUGAGGUCAGGCCCACUUCCUCCGCCUCCCUCUGAGAGACCGCCCCCUUUGGGCCGGAAUCCGUCCGGGCGAACCGGUCCACUCCCACCUCCACCGCCUUCCGGGCGACCAGGAAGCGGAAGUGUGAGGCCAUCUGCAGCCCCGCCCCCUCCGAACAGAUUAGGGUCAGAGCUUCCUCGUGCCAGCAACAGACCACCCCUCCCUCCAGACCGCCCAACUUCUGGAGGACCGCCCCCUCCUCCUCCUCCAAUGGGCAACGGGUACCACAGUCAUGAUGCAGAUGAGUGGGAAACACGCUUCAGUUUCCGACCCGUCUCAGAUUUCCCGCCUCCAGAGCCUUACAUCCCGUUUCAGAAAACGUACCCCAGCAAACUGGCCAGGAACGAAGGCAGAGGUUCGGCGAAAAAGGAGCGAGGUGCACCCCCGUUACCUCCCAUUCCCAGAUGAAGGAAGUGGACUGGACUAUCAGGGACCUAACGCUCUUCCUCUGUAUUUGUUGUUCAUUAUUCUUUUUCCAAAAAUGUUACUUUUGCAUGUCAGGCACUUUUUUUUUUUUUCCUCGGACGUACUAUGCUAUAGGUUGUUUACGACAAGGUCAUGUUAGUGUCAGCGGUUUCAUUCGAUCGUUCACACGCCACGCGGCGUUUGCCGACGUUUGAUACUCUUCCUGUUUUUCUGUGGCUGGGAAUGUACUCGUAGUUUCACACCACGUAAUGAACGAAUGAAUGAUCUGACAGGUCUGACAACUGCUGCUUUAAUAUGCCUACCACAAAGCCUUUAUGUACCUAAUAUCCUUCUUUAUUCACCCUCUCAUUGCAUUUACUCUCUACUCAUACUCACUAGUUCUCUCUUUAUGAAAUGCCCCUCCCUCUAAAUUUAUCGAUCAGGAUCAGGGGAGAUAUGUGGUUGAUGGGAGAAAUGCUAAUGUAUCACCUUAUUAGUUCUCCGUGUGUGUGUGUGUGUGUGUGUGUGUGUGUGUAUAAGAUUUGUCUAAAAUGUCUGUACACGAGGCUCCUGUGAUUAACACAAGCCCUACCUUGCUAAGUUCUCUUUAUUUUGUUUUUAUUUUGGAUGAAUACAUAAUAGGAUGCAUAAUAGGAUGCAUACAUAAUGCAGCAUUUCUCCUACCUCAUCUCUCUCUCUCUCGAUCCACCACGUCUGUAGACCACGUGCAGUUAUCACAGUUAAGAAUUUUGUCUCGUUUUCACAUACCGAAAAAAGAAAAUAAAUACUCAGAAAAUUAAACCGCUUACAAUUUAAGUCUAGGGCCGGACGUCGAAUUCGGUCACUAAACAUUAAAAUACAAUGCCAGCGUAUAACAAAACUGUAAUACGACCUUGUUUUAUAUCAAAAGCGGCACGGCAGAACGUCUUCGAGUGGCGUUUUAUACCACGUAGAAAUUUCAUUCCAUCAUCAUUUCCUCUAUAAAAGGCUUCACCGAAAGCCUUAACGACGGCGCUUGAGCUUAGUUUACAAAUCUCGUACCACUUCGCUAGAAUAGUCCAUGAAAGGGUUCUACAGAAAGGUUAAACAGCUUCCUUUAAACUUCCAUUAUUCUUUUUUAAAUAACUAUAUACGUCAAGCGCCGAGUGUAGAUCGCAGGGAAGCGAUUUGAUAUCGUAAUGAAGGAUGUGCCUUAUUCUUAUCUUUGUGUGUAUGUGUGUAAGGAUAUUUGUCUAGCAGAAACAAAGAAGACCACAGAGUGCCUAAAAUCUUUUUUUUUUUCAACAUCGCUUCGAUUUUUUUUUUUUGCCUUGUGUUGUUUUCUGUACAUUCAGUAUUAUUAUAUGUGUUGUGUUUAAAAAAGUGCAAUUUUUUUGUAUGCCCAUAUCCAUAAACAAUAUAAUAAUAAUAAUAAUAAUAAUAAUAAUAAUAAUAAUAAUGAGGAAGAAGCAGAAGCAAAGCCCCUUGUGUGUGAAAGUUACACACUUUGCCAUAAUUUAGCUAAAUCCGAUGAUAGAAAUAAGCUUAUUUGUGUUGUACAUUAGCAUAGUUUAGGCUUCCGAUAUUAAUGCAAAUGUUUACAGGCUAUUUUGAUGAUGCGAGCUUUGACAGCAGAAUGAGCUGAAAGAAAGGAUGAGGGAGAACGAGCGCAAGCCGAUUCCUGGGAUUAUGCAAAUGAGACUAAUCUGAAGAAGUAUAAUGAUGUAUGAUUAAAGUAUAAUCCUGUAUCUUCUAAUAAUCCUGAAUAAUGUCCGAUCCUGCAGUCUAAUCUGCGAAGAAUCUAUAGAAAUUGUUUAUUUUUGUUUUUAUUGUUUAUUUUUUAUUUUUUUUUUCAAUGAAACUUGUAUUUAAGGAAAAGUGCACAAAUGCUUGUCACAAGAAGUUACAAAGCAAAGACCAAAAAUUGAACUGAACCAAUGAUGAUGUCACUAUGACGUCACUAUGAUCGAGGUAGCGGUACUUAGAGUCUGUUUUGUUUUUUCCCCUUUUUUUCCUCCCUACCAUUGUUUUAUUUGUGUCUUCUUGGUUUGUUACAGCUUCUCUGCUUGUGCCUUUUUUUGUGGAACAUGAAAACGUGUUUAAGAGGUUUUCUAAAUAAAUGUUGAAGUGAA